CGGAAGACGCGCUCGGGCGACCGGGAGUGCGCGCCGGUCCGGUCCGGCCAUGCAGAGCCUGGAGUUGGGUCUGGUUCCCGCUCCAGCGAGGGAGCCGAGACUGACCCGCUGGCUGCGGAGAGGCAGCGGGAUCUUGGCGCACCUGCUGGCUUUGGGCUUCACCAUCUUUCUGACUGUGCUGUCCCGGCCGGGAACCAGUCUUUUCUCCUGGCACCCUGUAUUCAUGGCCUUGGCGUUCUGCGUCUGCAUGGCCGAGGCCAUCCUCCUCUUCUCGCCUGAGCACUCCCUGUUCUCCUUCUGCUCCCGAACGGCCCGGAUCCGACUGCACUGGGUGGGGCAGAGCCUGGCCCUCCCCUGCGCAGCCCUGGGCCUGGGCUUCAUCAUCGCCAGCAGGACCCGCAGCGAGCUGCCCCACCUGGCGUCCUGGCACAGCUGGGUGGGGGCUCUGACGCUGCUGGCCACGGCGGGCCAGGCGCUGUGUGGGCUCUGCCUGCUCUUCCCCCGGGCAGCCAGGGUCUCCAGGGUUGCUCGCCUCAAGCUCUACCAUCUGACGUGUGGCCUGGUGGUCUACCUGAUGGCCACCGUGACGGUGGUCCUGGGCAUGUACUCGGUGUGGUUCCAGGCCCAGAUCAAAGGUGCCGCCUGGUACCUGUGCCUGGCGCUGCCCCUCUACCCAGCCCUGGUGAUCAUGCACCAGAUCUCCAGCUCCUACUUGCCGAGGAAGAAAACGGAAAUAUGACUCCCUCCAAACUCUGACUCUAGCUGGCACCCUGGCCUUGGACUUCAGUGGUCUGUUUGGUGACCUUCAAGGGCUCCACUCCCGAAGUGGUAGGGUUUUUAUACUCUUAGCUGGGCUGACGGGUGACUCCGUGGACUGAAAUGGGGAAACGUACUGGGUGCAAGUAAAAGGUGAUGGGGA